GCCGCCCCGGCCCCCGUCGGCGUCGACGACGUAUCGGACGCCGAGGUCGAGGAGUUCUACGCCAUCCUGCGCCGCAUGCGCGACGCCUCGCGCCGGCUCGUCUCCGGCGGGGUCGCCGCGGCCACGGCCCGCGCCGCCCCGGCCCCGCGCGCGCCGGCCUGGUGCCCCAGCUUCUCCUGGGAGGACUUCGCGCCGCCCGCCCCGACGCCGCCUCCUCCCUCGCAGCAGCAACAGCGGGAGCCCGCCGACGAGCGCGUCGCCGAGAACGGCACGCCGCCGCGGCGGCCGGUCCUCCGCGGCCUCGACCUCAACGCCGAGCCGGAGCCGGAGGUGCAAGCCUAGAGUAGAGCCGCACGGACGACGAGGACCCCUGGCCCGGGCGCGCCCGCCCCCGCAGCUCCGCGUGCACGCGCGCGCGCUGGCCGGCGGCGACACUCUCUCCGCUGUACCACCGCCCACCGCCCGGCCGGUGCUUAGCGAGCUGAUCGCCGUCAUCAUUUGUUAGUUACCUUACCAGUGGUAAUUCGGUAUGUUUAAACCAGCACUACUACUGCUGCUGCUGUAGUACGACUACUUACUUUAAUUUCUUCAGAAACGUGCGUGCACAUGGAAGGGUUACUGCUGUA